AUGCCUAGUGAGCAAACCGGCCCUAUCGACUGGUUCCCGGCCUCUCUCUUGCAGGAUGAUCCGGAAGAGACCGGCGAUCCUUUCGCUCUAGUCGUCCUCAACCAGCCCCUCCGUGAUCUGACAACCUUGAAGCGGUUAUGGAACAAUGCAACGUACCGUGCUGCAGCGGACGGGGGAGCAAAUCACCUCUACCAACUCAGAGAUAGGGUGCUCGAUAGCGAGAACAACCCAAACCGUCUGGAUGUUGUGAUCGGCGACCUAGACUCGCUGUCGGACGAAGCCAGGGAUUACUUCUCGUCCCUGCCUUCUCCCACGACGGUCAUCCAUGAUCCAGACCAGUAUUCAACAGACUUUACCAAAGCUGUUCGCCACAUCCGCACAACCCAGAAGCCGUCAAGCAUAGUCGCAUUAGGCGGGCUCGGUGGCCGCGUCGACCAGGGACUGAGCCAGCUCCACCACCUCUUCCUCUUCCAGCAGGACGCAGAGUACUCCCAGGGGCGGUUCUAUCUGCUGUCUGACGAGAGCCUCACCUUCGUCCUCAAGACGGGAAAGCACAGGAUACACGUCCGCGGCUCGAGCAGGCAGGUCUUUGGGAAGCACGUGGGCAUCAUCCCGCUGAGGGGCAAGAGCAUCAUCUCGACCAAGGGGCUCGAGUGGGACGUGACCGACUGGACCACUGAGAUUGGCGGGCAGUUGUCUACGAGCAACCACAUCUUGCCAGAGACUUCUGUUGUCGAGGUGGAAACGAAUAAUGAUGUUCUCUUUACAGUGGCACUCCUCCAGAGGUAG